AUGCAGAAGUUUCACUCGGACACCGCAGUCAGCGGAACCACCGGCGGGGAGUCCUCCGCCCCCUCGAAGGAGACGCCGCUGUCCAAGCGGCUGCAGCUGCCUGCGUCCGUUAGACUCUGCCCCUACUGCCGCCGCCUGGGCACCGCGGCGCACAUCAUGCGCUGCGGUCAGGAGGUGGUGAGCUGCCCGGAAUGCGGCACAGGGGUGGAGGCGGCGAAGCUGAACGCGCACCUCGCCUACGCUUGCAACAUGCGAGACACACGGAGGCCCUGCGUCGGCUGCGGGGCCGCCUUCUCCGUGCUUGACAUGCGAGAACAUCUGAUGGGGGCGUGCCAAGGCAGCCGAUUCCCCUGUGCCGGCUGCAAUCAGACCUUCCUCACAGCGGCGGAGUACGCGAUGCACGUGUACGGUCAAGAGAGCAGCUGCCACGUACGCACGCCGGAAGACGCGGAGAGGGAGAAGCCGCUUCCACCCACAGCGACGGAGGGCGCGGAGGACAAGGCGCCUGAGGAUCGUGGGGCUGCGGCGGGUGCCAUACUGAUGCCGGUCGGGGAAGGCAAGGCUCCGCUACUUGUCCAUCCCCCCGUGCACUUUCGCCGCCCAGCCGCGGUAGACACCGCGGCUCCCCCUGCGAAUGCGGCGGAGCAGGAGUUCCAGUCGAAGUCGGUGAGGCGAACGUCCGAGACACUGACAAGGUCGCCACGUCAGCACCGCUCAAAGUUUGUGCCGCAACGAGAUGCCUCACCGCCGCCAACUAGAACGUUGCUGGAUGGCAAUGGAAGUGUGCCGAAUGUGCACCACACGGCGACGCCUGGCAAGAAGCGUCACAGCCCUUCCCGGGAUGCCGGUCCGUUGGGCCUGAAAGUGACCCCCACGCCUGUGCGAAGCGGCACUUUUCAUACACGAUCACGUAGCUUUUUGAAGGAGCUACAGGGUCGACGUGAGAUGGCCAAUGGGGCGAGGCAGCGGUACCCACACACUGUCCUUGCCUCUGCCCCGCGACUGGCCACGGCUGAGUUACACACAAGACGCAUGGAAAGGGAGCGUCAGGAGGGUGUGGUGCCAAAACUUGCAUUGCAUGAGAUAAGACCUCCCAGAAAGGGCGAUGCGGCCCUGCGCCUCGAAAAAGUGGGCGGCACUGCAGGGACGCCCGCGGGUAAACCACUGAAGCGCCACAUGUCCUGCCCGCCUGGCCACCGAUCAUCCGCAAGACUCACGCGUGUAGAGGCGGUUGUUGCUUCGGUGAACGCCGAGGCGCGCGUUGAGGGCUGUAGAGAGUUCCUCUUUAGCCCAAGGACGCGUGGGAGUGGCGCCGUUCGCAGCGGCCACAACAGCUGUCGUCGCUGUCUGUCGAUGACAGCGUUGCGGCGCGGCAGCGUCGAGGUCCACUCUGGGCGGCAGCAUGGGGGUGGUCGAACGGUACCGGCGGCGCCCAAGGAGCGCUGCGCAAAGUUCUUUGACGAGCUCUUGGCGAGCCCCUCUGCAGGGAGGCCGAAGCCGGUGACGAGCGCCACCUCAAAAGCGCACGGUCCCCCGUGCGCCGACCGGGCGGAAGGCGCCGACCACGCGUGA